AAAUUAAAGAAAAGUAAUAAAUGUGGUCGAAAAAAAAUAGAAAAAGAACAGUAGUAGUAAAUGAGUGUCAGUGGCAACGUAUUUGUAUAAGUGAGCAAAAUAAAAGUACAAGCCUUUUCGUAUAAUGUCAGUCGUGGAUUCAGCUUAAGUUCAAUGAAUAUUAAACCACAAUUAUUUCAUCAAAUAGAUUGCUUCUCUCUCUCUCUCUCUCUCAGAAUAUUUGUCGAGCUGCUUGAUUUCGUAUUGAUAUAAUUUUUUUGAUUAUCGGUUUAAUUUUUGGUUCGAUAAUGAUGCAAGAUUCGGCAGCUCAACAACCCGAGAUUGCUAUAAUCGUGGGGGAUGAUUCUUCGUCUUCAUCUUCUUUUCCUCUUCCGCCUCAUUCUUCUUCUCAGGGUGAUCAUCAGGUAAAAGAGAAAUCUACUACUGAAGAUGUGCCGAGCGGAACCCACGUGGAUCUGUCAAUACAAAUACCCCCAAGACCAGUUCCAUUUGUUGGCGGCCGUAACCCAAAGAGUUCACUGAAGUCUACGAGUUCAUUCAAAAGUGGCAGUGCAUCGUCACCAAGAGGGAUCUUGAGGAAUCUCAGCUUGAAAAAGAAAGUUGUAGCUCAACCUGAGAGCGAGAGAAGCUCUCUACUAUCUCCCGGUCUCAUGGAAACAGCUAAAAAGCCCCAUACUGAGGGAUCAACGACUUCGCCUUAUUGGAAAAGAUGCUUGUCGCUUCCAUCUAGACAUGCCGCGAAAUUGUCUCCUGUGGUAUCUGCUCAUGUUUCAGUUGGUGUCCCCGGUGAACCGCCUAUUAAAGAUUAUAUUCAUCCACCAGUUCCAAGGUCCUUGUCCAUGCCUGGAAGAAACAAAGUCAUUGUGCGAUCCAUUUCUUUUGACAACCACAAAGCUCGUGUUUUGUCUGAAACAAGUGCAGAUCAAAUCUCUCCCGUUCCUACGGAAGAAACCGAUGAAGAAAUCCCAGAAGAAGAAGCGGUGUGCAGGAUCUGUCUGGACGUGUGCGAAGAAGGCAACACUCUGAAAAUGGAGUGCAGCUGCAAAGGCGAUCUCAGACUUGUUCAUGAAGCGUGUGCCAUUAAAUGGUUUAGUACAAAGGGGACAAGAACCUGUGACGUCUGUAGACAAGAAGUCCGGAACUUACCAGUUACAUUACUUCGUGUGCCCACAACUAAUCAGACGAACAACAGGCGUGAUCGGAGUCAACUGAAUAUGCAAUCACAAACCGCUAGUGCAUGGCAAGAGUUUGUGGUGCUAGUUCUGAUCAGCACAGUCUGCUACUUCUUCUUCCUCGAGCAAUUACUGAUUCGGGACUUGGGCACGAAAGCUAUCUACAUAGCAGCGCCAUUUUCAUUUACGUUGGGCAUCUUAGCAUCCGUUUUCGCCAUUGUCCUCGCGAUCAGAGAAUACAUAUGGACAUACGCAGCACUUGAGUUCGCCCUUGUGGGGAUGUUGGUUCAUCUAUUGUAUACUACAGUUAGACUAUCGGCGAUCUACUCUAUACUUUUUGCAGGGAUUCUUGGUUUUGGGAUAGCCGUGUGCCUAAACUCGUUGUACCUUCAUUAUUUCUCUUGGCGUGUACGCGUUGCAGAAAACUCAAGUUCAGUAUGAAAUCUCCUUUCCUUUGGUUUCUCUGUUCUUCGUUGAGUUUGUAUUGUGGAAGAAGAAGAAAAAGUUGUUCAGCUGAUCCAGAUGUGACGUGUAAGGUGUAAAUACAUUAUACAUCCACUCUUAUUCGAAAAUGUUACUCGAAGUUUCCUUUUUCGUGCCCCCUUUAGUAUUCUUUUUUUUUUCUUUCCGGGGAGGACGAUGAUAGUUUGUAAAAGAGAAGGUGUAUCAGGUGAAAACUAAAAAGAGCUAUUAUGUAUGUAUGUUUCUUCUCUUCUGAAUAAAAAUGCAAAGGUUCUAUUCUUCAUGGCUUUUUCUAUACAGGGUUUCCAC